AUGGUCCUUUCAAUUGUCAAUAGUCGAGCGCCCUGCAGCCUCCAGACCCUCCAAACCCUUGUUUGCGACGGCAUCUCCUGUCUACCACAGUCUGGUCUCGUUUCGUCCGGUGCUCGCUCCCGACCCUGGUCUAAUACCAAUGGCUCUCAUGCUCUACAACUGAACCGCGGUAUCCGGAAAGCAUUCAGUUCAACUCCGGCUCGUCAGCUCGAUCCCAAAUCUUCCAAUAUAUCCUACCGGGUUGCUGCCUCGUCAUCCGGUAAAGGCCGCCGCUUCAACCCACUUCAGAAUCACUAUAAUUUCGACGCCAGCAAACAUGAUUCAAUAGGUGUUUCUCAUGACAAGAACAUCGCUACCCGCCGACAGGAUCGCCCUGACUCCGGCGAAGAUGCUUUCUUUGUGAGCCGAAUAGGCAAAGACCCUGCACCGAAUUAUGUCGCUUUUGCUGUCGCAGACGGUGUCGGCGGCUGGAAUGAAUCUCGCGUUGACCCGGCUGAUUUUUCGCAUGGAAUAUGCAGCUAUAUGGCACACUCUGCGCUGACCUGGGACAAGCCUUCCGAUAAGCUACGGCCUAUGCAGUUGUUGCGAGAGGGCUAUGACCGCCUGUGUAAUGACCCUAGUGUCAGAGCCGGUGGUAGUACCGCCUCUGUAGGUGUCGGUCUCCCGGGUGGUCAUGUUGAGCUCGCAAACCUAGGUGAUUCAGGCUCCGUCUUAUUUCGACUCGCAGCUGUGCACCAUUACUCCACCCCUCAAACUCAUGCCUUCAAUACACCUUAUCAACUUAGUAAAAUUCCACCGCGCAUGCGCGCCCAGUCAAAUAUAUUUGGUGGUGGUUGUCUAGAAGACUUUCCCGAAGAUGCGGCUAUAAGCAAUCUCCAGAUGCAGCAUGGUGACGUGCUCAUACUUGCCACAGAUGGUGUCUUUGAUAACCUCAAUAACCAAGAUCUACUCAAGAUUGUUUCGAGUCGCAUGAUUGUCACUGGAGCCUGGAGUGUCACAUCCGAGUAUGCAGUUCAUACAUCGAAUAGCUUAGGUGCUCUCACUGCUCCUGGUGGUAUCAUUGCAACUCCAACGCAGGAUUCCUCGUCUGAUUCUUCUUCUGAGAGUAUGACCCUCCAGGCAGUCCUUGCUGCUUCCAUUGCUAGUGAAGCAAAGAUUGCUAGCGUUAAUACCCGCCGUGACGGUCCCUUCGCCAAAGAAGCUCAGCGCUAUCUUCCCGGUGAUUACUACCGCGGCGGUAAAGUCGAUGAUAUCUGCGUUUUGGCUGUCGUGGCAGUGGAUGAAAGUUUGACUGCUUAG